GUUGGCUAACCUAAAGAUAUACAUUUUGAAAUUUUAGAAACAUGUUCUUGAUAGCAUAUAUAAAUGAACUAAUUACGAAAUAUUAGCAUGAAACAAGGGGCAUUAACGUAAAGCAACAAAAAUAAGUGUCCCAAACCUUUCUUCGCUUAUCUAUCCCAACCAAAACUGAUCUCUCUCUUGUGAACCUCCUGGAUCUUUUCAAAAUCCCCCAACAAAGUGAGGAAAUGGCCGCAGAGGAAGUUCUGAAGCUUUUUGAUGUCUAUUGGUUUGAGCAACCAAUUUUCUCCAAGAAACCAGUUUCAAGAUCGCAAGAAACAAGUCAAGAUCAUAAAGAGCAAGUUGAAGAAAGGGAACUAAAGCUUCCGCGCAUAUCGACCCUUCACGUCAGGUCUAUGAGUGACCUGGCCUUGAACGCCACAAUGAGUUUUUCCUCUGGUUCCCUGUCUCCAAAUUCAGUGCUUACCACGCCAAGGCUUCAGACUAUUCUGUCUGGGAAAGAUGUGAAUGAAGAUGAUGCAGAUGUUCAGAAGGAAAAGAUGAAGGAAGCAGCCGCUAAGCCUAUAUUGGUUGAAAGAAGAAGCAAAACAAGAACAAUGGGUAGCAGUAGGAGCUUGUCAGAACUAGAGUUUGAGGAGCUAAAAGGGUUUAUGGAUCUUGGUUUUGUGUUCUCGGAGGAAGAUAAAGAUUCCAGUUUAGUGUCUAUAAUUCCUGGGUUGCAAAGACUGGGAAAGAAAACUGAAGAAAGUAGAGAAGAAAAUAUUGGUCAAACUGUGGUUCCAAGGCCCUACCUGUCUGAAGCAUGGGAGGUUUGGGAUCGAAGGAAGGUAAAGAAUCCAUUGAUGAAUUGGAGAAUUCCUACAAUGGGUAACGAAGUGGACAUGAAAGAUCAUCUCAGGUUUUGGGCUCAUACAGUUGCUUCAACUGUUAGAUAACAACAAACAAUGUUUGAAUUUCUUCUCCCUUCUAAGAUGUACUUGAUCUUCUGUGCCCUUUUGAAUUGUUGUCUUAGGUUGGAUGCUCGUAUUUCCUUUAGGUGCGAUUUUGUGGCUCUCUUUGCAAAAAUUGUAAGUGUAAAUAAUUAAACAGAGAAAUCAAAUCUCACCAGUGUCAGCUUUA